UCUAUUAUGUCGUAUAACGGUGGGGCCGUAAUGGCCAUGAAGGGGAAGAACUGCGUGGCCAUUGCUGCGGACCGGCGGUUUGGGAUUCAAGCGCAGAUGGUGACCACAGACUUCCAGAAGAUUUUCCCUAUGGGAGAAAGACUGUAUAUUGGAUUAGCGGGACUGGCCACGGAUGUGCAGACGGUUGCCCAGAGACUGAAGUUCAGGCUGAAUCUCUACGAGCUGAAGGAAGGCAGGCAGAUCAAACCUCAGACUUUUAUGAGCAUGGUUUCCAAUCUGCUCUAUGAGAGACGGUUUGGACCUUACUACACAGAACCUGUCAUUGCCGGCCUGGACCCCAUCACACACGAACCUUUCAUCUGCUCUCUGGACCUGAUCGGCUGCCCGAUGAUAACCGAUGACUUUGUGGUCAGUGGCACCUGCUCCGAGCAGAUGUACGGCAUGUGUGAGUCCCUCUGGGAGCCCGACAUGGAACCCGAUCACCUCUUUGAAACCAUCUCGCAGGCCAUGCUGAACGCCGUGGACAGAGAUGCCAUAUCUGGAAUGGGCGUGGUAGUACACAUCAUAGAAAAAGACAAGAUCACCACCAGGACUCUCAAAGCUCGCAUGGACUAGCCCAGCACAUCCGCUCGUGUUUCACACCCCGGUCUGCUUGGAACUUUUUUAAAUAAAACUCUAUUGUAACGAAC